CACAUUCCCAUUCUGGUAGCCCGAGUAUCAACUUUCCUCGUUCCUCUCGAUCCCGCCAAACGACAUGCCUUAUACACCAGGUCCAGGCGAGUAUUUCGAUGACGAGCGAUACUUUGGAGAUCUGGUGCACUGGGAGCAAGGACUCAGCACGAGUAGCGUGCAGGUGCCUUACGCCGGUGUCCAGGGCCAAGUUCAGCAGCAGCCUAUGUCGCCGGGCUGGGAUUCCAACUCGUCGACUUUGAGCCCAUGGCCCUUUCCAAACCAGACGAUGACAAUCGAUCCCUCGCAGGCAUGGUUCGGCGGGCACGGACAGUGGCCUGCCCAGCAAGCAUCCAGGGAGCCCUCGCCGCCGGUGUCCGAUCCUCCUUCUUCGCCCGCGCAAGCCACGAUGACGGUCUCCACCGCCUUCAACCUCGACACCAGGCCCACCCUCGGACACCCACCCGACUGCGAGCUCAUGUCCUCCGACGACGUCGUGUUUUAUGUGAACAUCACCCUGCUGAGGCACGGAUCCAGUACUGGCUUCGGGCUCGCGUUUCCGACUUCGGGCGCACGUGUGCGCGUGGCUGAGACUGCGGACGUGCUCAACCUCAUCCUGCACGCCGCAUACGGGGCCUCGCCAUCCGCCUUCGCGCCGCCUCUCGAGACCCUGGGCGAGGCCAUCGCUCGACUGCCCGCCUACGGCCUGAGCCCGCAAGUGUACGUCGGAGCCAACACACCGCUCUUUGAGACGCUGCGGUCGCACGCCGCGCUCUCGCCUUUGCGCGUCUACGCCAUCGCCGCCGCGCACGACCUGCUCGCGCUCGCGAAGCUAGCGAGCGGGAAUCUACUCGGAUAUCCGGUGCAUGCGAUGGCGGACGCGGACGCGAUAGCGAUGGGCCCGGUCUACCUCAGGCGGCUCGUUACAUUACACCAUGACCGAAUCGCGCAGCUGCGAGGGCUAUUGGAGCAGUCGCAGGAGUUCCAUCCGCAGGUCCACACGUGCGCUUUUCAGGCGCAGAAAAGGCUGGCUCGGGAAUGGUCUAUGGUGGCUAACGAAGUGAUCGCUGGGGCACGGCCAGAUAUAUCCAGCUCCGUUGUGCGCGACAAGCUUGCCGUUGUGAAGAACCAGACUGCGUGCGCAUCGUGCAAGAAGAGGUUGGAUGAAAGAAUAUGGAAGGCUGUCGUCGGAUGGACCAUGUUGCCGACAACAAUUUAAGGGCAUUCAUCCUGCAACUAUGUUCGGG